AUGGUGAAGGAAAGGUUUUGGGUGGAGCGAGUGGAAGGGGACUAUGUUCCAUGUGGGGACUGUUCUGCGUGGGGCCUAUGUUCGCUGUGGGGACUAUGUUCCCGUGGGGACUAUGUUCCGCGUGGGGACUAUGUUUCCCGUGAGGACGAUGUUCCUUGUGGGGACUAUGUUCCCUGUGGGGACUAUGUUUUGCGUGGGGACUAUGUUCCCUGUGGGGACUAUGUUCCCUGUGGGGACUAUGUUUCCCGUGAGGACCAUGUUCCCCGUGGGGACUAUGUUCCGCGUGGGGACUAUGUUCCCCGUGGGGACUGUGUUCCCUGUGGGGACUAUGUUCCGCGUGGGGACUAUGUUCCCCGUGAGGACGAUGUUCCCUGUGGGGACUAUCUUCCCCAUGGGGACUAUGUUCCGCGUGGGGACUAUGUUCCCCGUGAGGACGAUGUUCCCUGUGGGGACUAUGUUCCCCGUGGGGACUAUGUUCCUCAUAGUGACUACGUUUCCCGAGGGGAAUAUGUUCCCCUUGGGGACUAUGUUCCCCAUGGGAACUAUGAUCCCCGUGGGGACUAUGUUCCUCAUAGUGACUACGUUUCCCGUGGGGGCUAUGUUCGCUAUGGGGACUAUGUUCCCUGUGGGGACUACUACUUAGAGUUGCGGUUCAAGUCCAGAACGCUGCGGAAGAUGGCAACAGGAAUCCAGUUAGUGGCGUCACUGGUGUUCAUGGGUAUAUGUGUGUAUGCUCCAACACUGGCUCUCUCCUCAGUCACCAGCCUCCCCACCUGGGCCUCCAUCAUCUCAGUGGGACUUAUCUGUUCCUUCUACAUCACUAUAGGCGGAGUGAAAGCUGUGGUGUACACAGACGUGGUACAAACUGUUAUGUUUGCUGGGGUGUUGGUGGUGUCAGUGAUGUGCUGCCAACAGCUGGGAGGACCUGCCAACGUCUGGACAAUCGCUGAAAAAGGAGGACGACUAGAGUUCUUUAAUAUGGACCCGAGUCCCUUUGUGCGUCACACCUUCUGGUCAACACAGGUUCUAGGAGCCUAUUCAGCAGUCAGUUUGUUUGGCCUCAACCAGACUCAGUUCCAGAGAUUCGUCUCAGUCAGAACUCUCAGCCUCUCGCAGUCACUUUGCAGUUUAUUUACAAUGGGAUUGUUUGUGCUGUUGGGGCUCUUCUACUUCUCUGGCCUCGUCGCCUAUGCUGUCUACAACAACUGUGAUCCUUUCACCUCGGGAAGAAUAACAAAACCUGACCAGAUAUUGCCUUAUCUGGUAACAGAUAAGUUGAAUCACCUACCAGGCUUGUCAGGGCUCUUUGUAGCAGCGAUAUACAGCGGUGUUCUCAGUUCACUGUCAUCAGCCGGGAACGCCAUAGCUUGUGUUAUCUGGGUGGACUUCCUGAGGGACCUGCCUUACUUUACUAACGUCAGUCAACGUCGUGCCACCAACAUUGUUAAGAUUUUGUCAACCACGACGGUGAUGCUGGGUACAUGUAUGGGAUUACUGGUGGGAGAGCUGGGCACCAUCGCUAAUGUGUUCAACAGCCUCAUCGGCGCCAUCCAUGGACCCCUUGGUGGUAUCUUCCUGGUGGGAAUAUUUGCUCCUUGGGUUAACAAAAAGGGCGCCACCGUGGGUGUGUGUCUGGCUUUCUUGUUCAACAUGUGGCUAGUGAUUGGCAAGCUAGUAAGGGGCGGUGGAAGCCCCAAGACGAUGCCUCUCUCUACUCUUGGUUGCCCAGAGAACUUCAACAAUACUUUGCCAGACAGCUUCAUCGAUGUACUCCAAAAUGACCUCAAUAACACACUUGGCUUCACCUUCACUACAACUGCUGUACCAAUGACUGAAGGCUCGGGACAAACCAUCUAUGACAUCUCGUACUGUUACAGUGGCAUGACUGGUAUCUUAGUCACCUUCAUCAUCAGCACUCUCGUCUCUUUCCUAACAGGACCGGUGACGCCACAAGAGCUGGAGCCUCGUGUGGUGAACGCCACAUGUGCCCGUCUGUACCAGCGACUGUGGAAGCUGCUGGUGAGGGACGCCAGACCUGAUCCUCUGAGUAACACACCUACAAGAAAGGAGGUUCAAGGAAACACUCAGUCUCAAGCUCAAGGAAAAUGACCGGAACAGAGGCUUGAUUUAUAUCCUAUUUUGUCUUCAAACAUUUAUAAACAGAAGAAAUAUUAUUUAGAGGAUAGGUGGAAAGUGCUGGAGAUCAUCUUUGUAAUCGUUUACCAGCUGGCAUGGUAUAAAACUUCUCACAGGUCAUUUUAGUCAUGUCAACAGGUCGUCAUAUGACUCGUGCCUCAACUUUGUUUUAAUUAAGAAUAUACUCCUUUACUUACC